CCUAUCCCGUCAGGCAUGGCCUUGUGCCAAAGCAUCGGAUAUGACACCAUGAGGAUGCCCAACCUGCUGGGCCACGAGUCUCCAGCUGAGGCUGUACAACAGAGUGCGAGCUGGCUGCCACUACUUGCCAGAGAGUGCCACCCUGAUGCCCGGAUCUUCCUCUGCUCUCUCUUUGCACCCAUCUGCCUCGACAGGUUUAUAUCGCCCUGCAGGAGUCUGUGUGAAUCUGUGCGGGACAGCUGUGCACCAAUCAUGAGUUGUUAUGGCUAUCCCUGGCCAGAAAUUCUGCGCUGCGACCAGUAUCCUGCAGACCAUCGUAUGUGUAUCUCCUCUAUCACCAACAGCUCUGUUCACGCAGGGGGACGCAGAGUGCCUCAGGCAAGCUGUCGGGAUUGUGAGCUGGAGGAGGCCUCCUCUUCAAAAGAUGCGCUGGAAACCUUUUGCAGGAGUGAUUUUGUUGUGAAGCUGCGUCUAAGACGGCUCAAGUACAGCCCAGUAAGCCUGUCUCAGUUCUCGCUGGCUGCCAAACUAGACGUUCUGAAGCACGGACCCCUGUUAGGUGGGCAGAUACGCUCCCGCAUAGAGCUGUGGUUGGAGAGGGAUGCCACCUGUGUAAGGAACAUGACACGGCACCAUGCACGAGGCGGGACCUUCCUUGUGACAGGCACGGUGCAAGGGGAGCGCCUGGUGGUCAAUAAGGCUUAUGCCUGGCAAAGACGAGACAAGAACCUGAUGGCAGCUGCACGCAAAUGGAAACAUCACAGAUGCAGGAGCUAG